AUGAAGUUUAUUGAGGAGCGCAUUAUGGACAACGUUUUCUUUGAGACGGAAGAAAAUGUGGACUUUUACUUGGAAACUGUUCACCGUUAUAUUUUGAAAAUGUGGGCGCAGCUCUAUUCGGUUUCGUCGUCACAACUUUUGGUGCCACUGUUUUCUCUCAUGACUUCUGUUUAUAAACUUUCUCCUAAACUGUGCGAGUACGCGUGGAAUUGCACUCAAGGAGAAAUUGAUCUGCGAGUUCUUUUGAAGCAAAGUCCCUCCUCUUUUCCACUUUUUACUUCGGAAGUUAAGCUUCUUUGUGCGCUUGCCUCUUCUCCAAUGGUUGCCGAGGAAAUCUUUGAUUGGCUCUUACAUUACUCUUUUAAUGAACAUCUCCAUUGGGAAGUAUUUUAUGAUUUACUGACCUUUUGCGCUAGUAAUCCCACUGGCGAGGAUGGGAGCCAGCAAGUUGUUGUUGUACUGAAGUUACUUCGCGCGCUUUGCAGGUCUUCCAAGUCACUUUUACUACGGAACUUUUCUUUGUUUAAACCACUUGUUGGAACUUUGAUCCGCCUGUUCCACAAUUCAGAGUAUCUCUACGUGCGCGCAUCUAUUAUGAAAAUUUUUUCUUCCUUUUGUUUGGCGGAUUCUGCCGGAUACCAAAUUUCUAUUGGUCUUUACGAGAAAUACGGCGUUAAAAACUGCCAGAGAAGUAUUGUUGAUAUUAUUGAACUUCAUUUUCGUGAAGAAACUUCUCUUAACCAAACCAGUGCUUUUUUUGGAUUGAUGAGCGCGGUUUUGAAGGCCUUUAAAACUUUUCGCUUGAACAAUUCAGACAUUUUUUAUUCGUCAUCUUUAAGCCAAUGUGUACAGUUGAGCGUCAAAAUACUGACAGAUCGGCAGUUCUUUUCUAAGAAAAAGUUAAUACGUUCAUGCUUACAUUUCUGCUGUUCACUAUUAAAAAACAGCUCUCGUCUUGCCCUCCAAAAGGGCAUCAGGCAGCCUUGUGUUAAAAAGUUAGUGUGCUCUUUGCUUCAGCCUGAAUCUUUUCGAAACGGAAUAUUAUGUAAUAUUUUUAGCAUUCUGUUGGGUUCGGAUUUUCUUCGAGAGGAAUUUGACUCCAUUUUCGAUGUUGCUUCCCGGAAGAAAUUUUGGGAUUCCUUACUUACCGCUUAUUAUGCUCUUGAUUUGUUAACACUUUUACUAUGUGAGUUUUAUAUAUUUAUAUACUAUUAUUAUCGUUAUUAUUUAUUAUUAUUGUAG